AUGGAUGGUUCUACGUUGUUCUCACGUCGUUUAUUCAAACGAAAAUUUAAAGUGUACCCACAACAAAAGUGCGCAGAAAACAGAGAAAAUCCGGAUAUGAAUAAAUCCAUUUCUAAUUCACGUUCAGGUUUUGUAUCACAAAAGUCGCUAUUAACUGAAACGUCGGCCCCGGGUGAAGAAAUCGUUAUCCCUUCUAACAAAAGUUCCAAAACUCAAAACUGCGAUAAUAUGCAAGAGAACACGAAGGAUGGGUUAUCACGUGACGAUGCGAUCGUCUUGCGAUCAGAAGACAUUAUUCAACAACAAAAAGUCGUUUUAGAAUCCAAUGGUUCUUGCGCAAACAUUGCAAAUGCACUACAGCAAGAUACUGCCGAGGCGACCAUUCUUAACGCGGUGCAUAAAAGCUCGACAGGUAAUUAUAUUGAAUGGCUUGGAGAAAUAAAGAAUAUGUAUUUUAAUCUGUUGGGUAAGAUUAAUCUUUUUAAGAAGAGUGAUGAUGUUAUAGUGAAAGAUCAUUGGAAGAAGGAUCACACGGCAAAAUGUUGUAGUUUUUGUCAUAAAAAGUUCACGAUGUUUUUCAGAAGACAUCAUUGUAGGAUAUGCGGAUUCAUAUUUUGUUCAACUUGCUCAUCUGGUAAAACACUUCUCGACCCGAAUCUUGCGAUGCCAGUACAAUUUGUUGCCGCGACGGCUUCAAAUAGAAAUAUAAAUUACAACCAUCAAACUUAUGGGCAAUUUGAGCACGACCAUGAAAACGAACAAGAAUUUGAUGAGAAUAAUACGGACGAUUAUUUUAGCGAUGAUUCCAUUAAUACGGAUUAUUCGUAUUCUAGCUCAGACUCUAGUUCAUUUUUCGAUUUUAAUAAUACUACGUGUGAUUUAAUCUACAGUGAUGAUUCGUCGAUGGUGAUGAACAAUGAUGAUGAAUGCGACAAGAAUGACAAGAUCAUCAGUUUUGAGAGCGAACCCGUGCGCGAAAGAAUCUGUAUAAAUUGUCACGCAUUUUUUGAGUUGGACGAAAAAGAUUGGUUUUGUGAUUAA